CAUUGCACCCGGCCCGCAGGACAAUGCCCCCACCCCACCCACCUACCCACAGGGCCCUGGCCUGCUGGGCUGUCCUCAGAACCCAGCACAGAGCCCUCGGGAGGCCCUCAACUAAUACGGGGCCGGCCCCUAGUGGGAAGCCUGUGACACCGGACUCGAAGGCAGUGCCAGUGGGAAUGGCACCGACGAGGACGGGAGCUGAUCUCUGUGGCUUCCUUUGUCCCGGCUGCAAGCGCUCCACGUCCACCCUGCAAGGUGUGAGCCAUUGCCACGCCCCCUUUACAGCCGGAGCCUUGAAUUGUCACCAGUGCAAGGGCUUCGGAGGGUGCCACCAUGCGGCCAGAUGCCCCCGGGGCUCCAACUACUGCGUCAGCAUUGGCACCCGAGACCCCUUCAGCGUCAUUGACCUGCCUCUGGUGACCAAAUCGUGCUACAGCAACUGCCCGGACAUCCUCAGCCUGGGCCUGGGCCCCAACGUGUCCCUCGUCUGCUGCCAAUACAACCUCUGCAACAUCGACUGACCCCC